AUGCCAACAAUCAGAUGGGUGAAGUAAGUCAUUCCUUCAUUCCUAUUAUAAACUAAUGCUAAUUAACAAAAGAACCUACAGAUACCUCUACAAUCACCGACGUACCCAAAUAUCCCCUCAACACAGGGUAUGGUUCCAACCUGGGAUGCGGAAAAUAUGCCGCAAUUUAAUUUUACGGGAAUGAACCAAGGCCAAGUCCCAAGCCAAUACCCAUCACUAUCGCCGAUGGGUGGUUCAGUUCAGAUGGCCAAUCCGCUUCAAGGCGGGAUGAUCAACCAUUCUAGAACGACCGAGGAACCGUCGCCACAAGGCCAGGGAAAUGCUGGUACACCAGUCCCGCUACCCAAGGUUAAGAAGCCUCGUCUGAAGGCCAAGGAAGCACAACAGGCCGCCGACGAAAAUAAGAAAGCCUCGAGAGACCGUAAGGGAAAGGGAGUCGAGAGGGGACUCCCUGCGACACAGGGUGAACCAGUGCCAAAAGACUCUAUAACCGUUGCCGCAGAAAACAUAACUGCGGGUGGAAACGAGGACCUGUCAGGCUCCGGUGGUGUACUGCAGGGGAUAGGAUUGGGAAUCAACGAUCCCAACGACCAGGUCCUCGGAUACCCCCCUCUCAUGACGGAUGAGGACUUCGCCGCUUGGCUAAACCAACCGAUGUUUGGCCCCGACAACACAGCCAAUGGUGACCAAAGUCAUGCCUCGGGAUCUGGAUUCCCUAUUGCUCCUUCAGCUGCACCUGAAGGAGGCUCUUCUGUGCAAGAGCCUGGCAAUGAUAAUGAUAUAGACUUCACACAAUUCCUAAAUCUGGAUAGCCUCCCUGAUUUCGAGCAUAUCACUGGCGGAACAAGCCACUGAUAGACUACUGCUUCUAGCAAAAGGAGGGAUAGGGUGUGUCGGAGUUGAGGAUUUUCUAUCUUAGGCGUUUAUAGGGGCAAACGAUUUUAUUAAAUAAUAAAUAUUAAAGAAAUAUUUCAUUUCGGGGGCUUACAAUAGAGAAGCACUAUGCAGUGACGUACUUACAUAAUACUUGAUAUCGUGCUAAACAUUGAAUUCUAAUGAGUAACAUAUGUAUCAAACGGGAAAAUACCGGCUAAAUAACGGUAAAGUAAAUGGAUAGUUAGCAGGGAGAGAUAACUAUUCUUCCCCCAGAGUCCGUGCGCAAUUCUUCUUUAG